CCAUACCUCGAGUCCCCAUCAAAACCCCCGAGCUACUCUCACCUCAAACCCUCUUUCUCUCUCUAGAAUCUCCCAAAGAGAGUCCCUCUCUCCCCAAUUUUCCCAUGAUUUUCUGAUCACCAGUUUUCCCUCCAUCCAAACAUCCCCAAGAAAAUGUCUCACUCCGUUUUCACUCCCCAAAUCAUGCCUGUCGCCCCCACGAAGACCAUCUACUCGUCAAACCCCCUCUUGCCCAUUCACACUCUCAGUUCUCUCCGCCCCGCCACCGCCUCCGCCUCCGCCUUCGCCAAGCGUCGGAGCCUGGCGGUGAGGGCUUCGUCGUCGGCUUUGGUCGAUGGCGACUCUGUUGCGCUGUUGGAGCGGUGUUUCUUGGCGGACUCGGCUUCGGUCCCGUCUUCAUCGGCUUCGGCGAUGCCCCUUCCAGUUAUGAAAGGGAAGUACGGUUCUUUUGGGGCGGUGACGUUGGAGAAAUCGAAGCUUGAUUUGUCGCAGAAGCAGUCAAGGUUGAGUCCUGAGACUGCUAUUGGUGGUGGUGGUGGAGACAUCGGAAAGAGAAUCAAUAAUGGUGGUGGUGAUGGAGGUGAUGAUGAUGGUGAUGAUGAUGAUUACUUUGACGACUUCGAUGAUGGUGAUGAGGGAGAUGAAGGUGGACUAUUUAGGCGGCGCCUUGUUCUUGAAGAGCUGUUUGACCGGAAAUUUGUGGAUGCGGUUUUAAAUGAGUGGCAGAAGACAAUGAUGGAUUUGCCUGCUGGGCUCCGUCAAGCUUAUGAAAUGGGUUUGGUCAGCUCGGCUCAAAUGGUAAAAUUCCUAGCAAUCAAUGCCAGACCAACCACUGCUAGGUUUAUAUCUCGAACACUUCCCCAAGGAAUGUCUAGGGCAUUUAUUGGCAGGUGAAAUUAAUAAAUACUCUUAG